UCUCAGAGCCCAGUAAUGCCGCUCAAACUACACACAGGACCCAGGCUCUGCGUUUGCGCCAGAACCCAUGGGUCUAGAGGCCUGGAUUGGGACCCAACACGUGCGGGCGGUAAGGAGGCUGCCCCUCCCAGUCUUGUCUCCUCCCCCCGCCGCCAUUUUGGGUACUCGGAGCGCGCGCCUAGCCUGCCCUGGAGGAUCCCAUCUUGGGAAUUGACUUACAGCUUCAGUAUGGAUCUGGUCGCCGAGAGAGAAUUUCUGAGCAAGCUGAUUGGGAGAAAUAUUAAAAUUACGACAGUUCAUGGAUGUUUUCAGGGGGAGCUGUUCCAUAUCGAUGCAGCUCGUGCGAUCAUGCUUACCAACGUGAAGGAUUUAAGUACUGGUACGACUUUACCUGGACCAAAGCUGUUUUUUGGCCAUGUAAUUCUAAAAGUGGAGACCGCAGCCGAAGAACCUCCAAAGCGUGUUAGUCAGGAACAAAAGGAGCCAAACAAUGAAAGAAAUGAUGGCGCGCUGUCGCUAGAAGAAAUGAAAAGUGCACUAGAUACGAAAGAGUUUAGUGCAGCAGCAGCACCUAUAAUGAAGCAAAUGUGGAAUGUCGAAAUCAUGAAAUAUUCAGAUGAGGAAGACAUAAAUUAUGUUCUGAUAGACCAAUUCCAGCCAAUGUUUGGGUUAGCGAUUCGGCAUCUAAAGAAUCAAAAAGUACUGAGCUUAUCAGCUGUCGCAGUGGACAUGUCUUUACAUGGAAAGCUAUGCUGUCUACAGGUAGCAACCAAAAGCUGGGUGUAUAUUUUUGAUAUUCACCUUCUGGGACCUGGAGUUUUCAAGAAUGGACUCCAAAUGGUGCUUGAAGAUAAAGGCAUCCUAAAGGUUAUUCAUGACUGCCGCUGGCUUGGGAACUUUCUAUCCCAACGAUACAGUGUGAUGCUCACCAAUGUCUUCGAUACUCAGGUCGCUGAUGUCUAUUUAUUCUCAAUGGAAACGGGUGGCUUUCUUCCCAGCCGCACAAGUACAGUACGGGAGUGUUUAACUCGAUAUCUGAACCUGUCAUCUUCACAAGUUUCAUUCCUAACGUUCGUGGAAACAUUUAACAAGGACAACCCCAAUAUCUGGUGUAGUCGCCCAUUGCCAACCGACGCACUGAAGCUUCUAGUUGUGGAUGUGAUUCAUCUCUUGGAUUUGCGGUCAGCCAUGCUGGAUGCUAUGUUAAAAGACUACACUUUGCUAGUUGAUGGUUAUCUUAAUGGAAAUCGUCUAAGAACUUCAGCUGGGUUCUUCAGCUCUGAGACCACCUCCACUGAACUUCCAGAAGAACUUCAGCAGCUUAGUGUACUGCAGCAAAGAAGAAGAGAGCAGGCCCUGAAAGAUUAUCAAGUGAACAGUCGAGGGUUCCUAGAAAGGGCUGAAAAGUAAUGUAAUGGGUCACAUUGCACUGCUUGUCAUGUAACUGCUGUCAUUGUUAGUGUGUUUAAUGCUUGUGAUGGUUGAGUUGAAGGCUGAUUGAAAGAAAUAAUCAGCAAAAUGUUCAUAGUGUUUUUUGUUUUUUUAUUUACAAGAGAAUUUCUAUAGACCUCCACAAUCAUUCUUUUUGUUUAUUGUACAUUACUCCUACUAAAGAAUUGGAAAGGGAGAGGAUACCAGUAUUGUCCUAUAAAUGAAGGGCCAGUGAUCUGUCUUCAGAUGCUAAGCUUUGUAUACGAGCACAAAUUAUGAGACUGGCACUUGUGUACAUCUACUAGGGCCCAUAGUCCUCCUUCACACUUCUAUAUUCGUUUAGUUAUUUAUUAUUGAAAUAUUUAUGCACAAGGGUUUUUUUUCAGCAUGUUUCAAACGAUCUGUAUUGGACAAAUUUUACCAUUAAAAGUCGAUGGUUUGAAUUAAUGCAUGUUCUGUUUUUGUACAGUUCACGUGCCCAUAUUUGUUUCACCUAUUAAUAUUGCUGUAUUCCAGCAAUGUUACCAAAAUCAGGUACAAAAAAAAACUAAUAGUCUUGUCUGGUUUUUCAUUAAAGGACACCCUUA